AUGACGACCAGCAGCUUCUCUGUCCUGGUGGUGCUCCUUAUCCUGGGCACAGUGGCCAUCCAGGCUGCUGUCACAGGAGUCAAAAAUCGUAUUCCAGUGAAAAACCCUGUAGUCAAAGGACAAUAUCCAGCCCAGGAUCAAGAUAUGGUCAAAGGUCAAGAUAUGGUCAAAGGUCAAGAUCCAGUCAAAGGUCAAGAUCCCAUCAAAGGGCAGAAGCCUGGUUCCUGCCCAAUGGUUAUGAUUCGGUGCGCCAUGUACAACCCACCAAAUCGCUGCGAGAGGGAUUCUGAGUGUUCAGGAGCCAAGAAAUGCUGCGAGGGUUCUUGUGGGAAAGUCUGUAUGGAUCCAAAGUGA